GCUGGGACAGGAUGGCUCAGUCUCCCGAGGUUAAACAGCUCAGACAGGAUGGCUCAGUCUCCCAAAGGAAGGCUCCAGGCUCCCACAGCUCCUCUGUGGGCUGAGGGAACAGCCAAAGAUAGUGAUCAGUGCAGUGAAGCACUUUGGCUUCUGAGGUGGGAUGCCUGUAAGGCAGCAGGGAUGUUGUUCCCUCCAGCCCUUCCCCAGAGCUCUGGCACAGCUCAGACACCUGCAGAGGGUUUCUGUGCUCCCCAGGGCCGGCGCCGUGCGGCUCCGCUGGGCAGAGCAGACUUUGAACCUGCCAGCCAAGGAAUGCAGCUGGGCUCUUUGUUUUCCUUCUGGCAGAGCCCACGUGGUUCCGAAGAAGAGAAUGGAAUAUUUUCUAAAACAUCAGCACUGGUUUUUCCCCUUAAAGUUGCUUCUCUCCCGGGAAGCCUCGCAGCCCUGCUGCCUCAGUUCCUCCUCCUGACUUUGGCCCUCAUUCUCUUAAAGCACUGAGACAUUUAAAGCAUUUGAAGUGAUUCCCAGCCUCCAGCACUUAAUGGAAAUGAAGUCAAGGAGGCUGCUCCAAAGGUUCCCGAAGUGAGACCAAUCUGAGCACCUCAGUGAGCUGGGGGCUAAAAAAGAGAUCUAAUUCCCAAACCCAACUCCCCAUCUAACUCUGGACAUGGAGUAUCUCAGUGUCCCAGCACAAGCUCAGAGGGAAGAACAUACAGAAAUUAUCACGUAAUUUGAAACACAAAUAGAAAUGAGGGAAUUGUUUUUCUUGUGUAUUGUUGUUCAGCAGCAAAGCAGUAGAUGUGUUUUGCCACAGAUCAAUCUGAGUUUUUUCUUAAGCCUUGUGUCCUCUCCUUGUUUUUAUUUUUUUUAUAUUUUGAGACUGUCCCCCUGCUUUUUUUUUUUAUCUGUUGGACUGAGCUCUAUUGUAGGAUCGAUGUGUGCAGUCCAUUCCUCAGUUCCAAUCAGAAGAUAUGUUGUUUAAAAUAAUGUCUAUAUUGUUACUCUGCUCUUUGCUGCAGUUACAACUUCGAUGCCCUUGAUGCCCUGCUCAGGACGUGCAGGACAGCACUGGCUGUGGGUGCAGCUGGACGGGGGCAGCAGUGCCCAGAGCUGGGCAGAGCAGCAAUGACUCGCUGCCCUUGCUUGUGGCAACUGAGCCUGGAAAGAUCCCAAUCCCUGAAGAUCAGGUGGUCUUGUCAGGAAUACAUGGUUCCUGGUGGAAAUUAUUUCCAUGAGAUCAGAUGGAUAUAUAUAAUCAGCAGAACCAAACCAGAUAGGAUUCUGAUGGGAACAGCUGUGCAGCCAAGGAAGUCAUUGUAUCAGAGAUGGCUUUCUCAAUAAAUAUAUUGCACAGAGUCAUAUUUCUUUUUGCAGCAAAUUGGAUCUUAUCCAAAAAGAUUUGCUCUAUAGCAAAGCCAGACCAAGACAGCAAAGCUCACAGUUUGUUCUUGUGUCUCAGACUGUUGUGAGAGGCUGAAUUGUGCACGGCAUAAUAAAGUGCUUUAUAGCCCUGAGUUUUAUUUUGGGUAAGCAGUAAUGAAAUCACCUUCCCUAUGUGGUGUUUGGGGAAAGACAAGCAGUUUUUAAAGAGAACUGUCUUGCUCAAAAAUGCAGAGAAGUGGCAGAAAACAGCUGUAGAGACAUCGAGGUAUAUCAAGGCCAGGUUGGAUGGGGUCUGGAGCAACCUGGGCUAGUGGAAGGUGUCCCUGCCCGUGGCAGGGGGUGGCACUGGAUGGGCUUUAAGGUCCUUCCAACCCAAACCAGUCUGUGAUUGUGUGCCAUUGAUGAAAACUUCCUUAGGUGACAUGACUUGGCUUCAGUUCUUGUUCUGGAAUCAUCAUCUUAGAAUUCCCUCCGGGCUCCAAAGCCCAGGGAGUGUUUAUAGUGUGCAAUAAACCAUCUCUGCAGGGCUGAAUUUGUCUCUGAUGUAAAACAACUGCUCAGCACAGUGUGGCCAGAGCUCAGUGCUGCUCCCCCUCUGUGGAUGUCAGAGUGUUCUUUGGGCUGGUUAUAGAGACUCCAAGGAAGAUGUGAUCCCACAGCCAUUGUAUGAGGGGAAGCAAUUCUGAAUAAAGGUGAUAAUUGAUUUCUUUAGUGUAAAGUAUUUAAUUUUUAAUCAACAAGCAGAUAAGAAAGCGAUCAUCUCUUUUAGAUCUGCUUAACGUGUUUCUGAGCACUGUCCUGUCUUCUGGGAGCCCACAAGAAAUUCCUCUCAACUAUAUGAACAUCCAGAUCAGAUCUCUCAAAAUCAUCCUUGCACCUGUUACCUGGAAUGGCCUUGGAGCAGCUGUUUCUGUCCUUUUCCAGUUCAGAAACACAGGAACAAUCCCUGAUUCAUUUAAUCUCCAGGCACAGGUCUGAGAUGGGAUUAUGUAUAAAUUGGUGAAUGUUAGAGAAAGUCUCCUCCCAUUCCUGAAGGAAAGCCUCUGGAUCAGGGCAUGUGUGCUGUUCCUCUGAGCGCUCUGCACACUUGGUUCAUUUCCCCUGAACACUUUUUCCUGCUUAUUGCUGAAACCCAGGAUCACUCUGAGGGGUCUUCACACGCAGCUCCCCUUUGCUGUGGCAUGACCUGCUGUGCAGUUUGUGCUUUUGGCUCACAUCUGGCACUUGUCUCCAUGUUUUUUCUCCUUUGAAUUAGAGACAGUUUGCAAUAAUUUAUCCUGUUUAGGACAAAAUAAUUCUCAGAUUUUUUUAGGAAUAUUCCUUCCUGGAAUUUUGUUGUCCACUUUUCCCAGGAGUGCUGAAAACCUGUGGUUGCACCCUGUACCCGUUCAGGGGGAGGGAGCUAAAUGUGCCUCUGUGCUUUGUGCAGAAUGAGAUUCCUGGUGCUGCUUAGGAAAGAACUAAUAACUGCAGAAGUAUCUGAGUAGGGCUUGGCUUGGGUUUUGAUAGGAGAGGGAUGAGAGGAGAUGUGGGGGAUUAAGAACUGGGUCCCUGUCACGCUCUAAAUAUGUGGAUGGUCAUAAAUAUUAUCUGAACUUACCAUGUGGUGUUUCAUGGCUAUAGAGAGACCACAAAGCACUUUUCACCCUUGUUUCUCUCCCCCUUCAAAAACUGAGCUCCCUUUAUUCACUUUGCUCGGAGACAGAUGUGCAGCUGGAGGACCAGGCAGAGCAUCCCAAGGCUCCCAGAACAACUGCAGAGACAAACCUUAAACCUGCCAUUAAACCAGCAGAGGGGGAAUGGCAGAACCAGCCCCAGCCCCGCUGUCCCGCCUGGUGGUCCCUGUGCUCCUGGCACUUGGCUGGCUCCUGGGAUGUGCCCUCAUGGUUUACAUUGUCUUCUCCUGAUGGCAGUAAGGAUGUUGAUUAGAAGAACCUGGAAGUUCAACUGAGAUUUCUAAUGGCUAAAAUAAGUAUAAAAUGAGUUAUUUUUAAUAUCAA